CAACAAGCAACAACAAACAACAGUGCGCACAACACGUGCAGGCAAAACUGAGCACUUUAGCGCAAGACUGCGGACAUGGGGCGGAAGAACGCAUCUGAUCGGCGGGAGCGCCGGCAGGCCCGCAAAGAGAAGGAGGCGCGCAAGCAGAGGAAGGCUGAGGCAAAGAGCAAGCGCAAGGCAAAGAACGCAAAGGAGGAGGACCUGGAUGCCUUGAUUGCGCAGUUCAUGGACAUGGACAAGGGUGUGGAGAAGGUGACGGAGUUGCCUCGCAAGUCCGUGUCUGCGCGCGCGUAUGCGUCGCUCGUGUUGUCGCCCACCAACGACGAGCUGAUCCUGUUUGGCGGCGAGUUCACCAACGGCAUCAAGACCUUUGUGUACGGCGAGCUUCUCUUCUACAACAUCAAGAAGGACGACUGGCGUAAUGUGCAGAUCCCCAAGGGUCCACCGCCACGCAGCGGCCACCAGGCGGUGAGCGUGAGCCGCCUUGGUGGACAGAUGUGGGUGUUUGGCGGCGAGUACUCGAGCCCAACCGGCAGCACCUUCAAGCACUUCAAUGAUCUCUGGUGCCUGAACAUCAAAGACAAGAAGUGGAUGAAGGUCACGCGAUCCGGAGCGCCGUCCAGCAGAAGUGGCCAUCGCAUGGUGCUGUUCAACAAGUGCCUUGUUGUGUUUGGCGGCUUCCACGACGACGCAAAGCACGCGCCAAAGUACUUCAACGACGUCCACCUCUUUGAUCUCGAGAACUACAGGUGGGACAAACUUGUGUUCCCACAGGUCAAGCCCGCGCCUGAUGCACGCUCAGCAUGCCAGAUGGUGGCCACCAAGGACGGCGUGUAUGUGUACGGCGGAUACUCCAAGUCGCGUGUGCGCGGUGAAGUGUACAAGGGCGUGACGCACACGGACAUGUGGCGGCUGGAGGCGAGCGAGGAUGCGGCUGCGGCGGAGUUGUAUGCGCAGCAGUUGGAGAACAAGGACCUGAAGAAGACAGCAGCGCAAGGCGCGUUUGGUGUUGGGCUCAAGUGGGAGUGGACACGUGUUCGGCCCUCGGGCGCGGCGCCGUCACAGCGGUCAGGAGCAGCAGCUGCCGUCCGCGCAAAUGGAUCCAUGGUCUCCUUUGGAGGCGUGUGCGACGAGGAGACAGAUGAUGCGCUCAAAGGCCAAUUCUUCGACGACCUCUACCAGCUGAACACCAACACGCUGUCGUGGUCGCAACUUCGCGUCAAGAGGACGGAAGGGAGCCCCUGUGCCCGCAUGAGUGCAAACAUCUGCUGCAAGGGCAACACGUUGUUCAUGUUUGGUGGCAUCCUCGAAGUUGGCGACAAGCAGAUCACUCUGAACGACCUGAACAGCUUGGAUUUGAACAAGCUGAACGAGUGGAAGGUGCUGCGGGGUGUGGACAAGCGGGCGCAGCAGUGGCUUGAGGAGUCGUCAAGUGAAGAGGAGGACGAUGACGACGAUGACGACGCGUGAGGGACGGCCAAGGAGGAUGUGUCCAAGUGCACGCGGUUCUGGCAACCGUGUGCUUGCGUGAAAGUUGGUUUGUGGGCGCACAUAUUCUUCCCAUUGGCUGUUGACUGUUUCGAGUUGCUUCUUGGUUGUUGUUGUUGUUGUUGUGAUGCACCAAGAACAAAUAGAGCAGUUGACAUGCUGUCUUUGACCAACCAGCGAAGAAGGAAAGUGAUGUGGGCAGAAAGCAAGUAAACACACGGAAGGAC